GUAGUUCUCUGAGGGCCUUGGCGUUGCUGCGCGCCUGCUCCGCGGCCCCAGCUGUCGGGUCUCUGUGGCUCUCACCUGCCCGGGCCGCUGGGAGGACUCCCGGGAAAGCCCGGAGCCGGGAAGAGAUGGACUCAGUGGUCUUCGAGGAUGUGGCUGUGAACUUCACCCUGGAGGAGUGGGCUUUGCUGAAUUCUGCUCAGAAGGAGCUCUACAGAGAUGUGAUGCUGGAGACCUUUAGAAACCUAGCCUCAGUGGGAAAAAUUUGGGAAGAACUCAGCAUUGAAGAUCAGUACACAUACCAGAGUAGACACCUGAGGGGCACAGGUUCAUUCCUGCUUGGGGAACUAAGAUCCUUCAUGCCACAUGGCACCCCUACACCACCCCCACCCAAAAGGAGACACGGGUUUGAUCCCUGGUCUGGGAAGAUCCCACGUGCCAGGGAGCAACUAAGCCCAUGUGCAACAAUUACUGAGCCUGUGCUGACCAGUAAGUGAAGCCGCUGCAAUGAGAAGCCACUGCACUGCAACUGGAGAAAAGCCUGCCGCAGCAAGGAAGACCCAACACAGCCAAAAAUAAAGAAGUUUUUAAAAGGAAAUUGUCUAAUAAAAACAAG